CUGAGCACUGACAGGCUGACCCCCCACCCCUUUAACCUCUGCAGCAAUGCUGGAAGCACUCUAUUUCCCAAAGAUAACCUCUGGAUAUGAUGCUGAGCACUUGCAUUCAACUUCUUUGGUCGACCAUGGCAAGGCCUGUUUUGAGUGGAAACUGCGGCUCCAGCAAGAGUUCCCCCCUCCGCUGCAGCUCAGUUUCAGGGUCUUGACAAUCGUAUUAUAACCUAGGCCAUUUUUAUGUAGAGUAACAAUUAUUUUUUUCAGAUCCCCAGAGAGUUCUUUGCCAUGAGGUGCCAUGUUGAACUUCCAGUGACCAGUAUGAGAGAGUGAGAGCGAUAACACCAAAUUUAGCACACCUGCUUCCCAUUCAUACCUGAGACCUAGUAACACUA